AUUAAAUUUUUAAAAUAUUUGCUAUUUCAAUGAUAUGAAUUUGGACGAAAACAUAGUUUGAAUGCCCCAUGCUUUUGAGAAUAUGUGGAAAAUGAAACUGAGACUGGAAAAACCUGAGUAUUUGACAAAAACAUGUGAAUUCUCAGACACUUAAUAUGUAGAGGGUUGUUCAUUUCAGUCUGUGUAGAGAAUGCAUAUACAUUACGAGAGUAAUGUUAGGUCUAAAACCAUCCAGAUGUUGAACAUCUGAAAUAGCACCCCUUCCAAAUGGAGCAAGAGAGUACUAGAUAGUUUUUGUAGCAAGACCAUCAGGCUGUUUAAACAGACCAUUAAAUUAUAUAAUGAAAGCAGUGGUAUGCUGUUUUUGUGAAGAACGAAAAAUGUGUUUGUUUUUCCUAUCUGAAGAAAUCUGUUAUCUUAACGCUGCAGGAAAUUGCAUAAUUAUGAAAAUUAAUCCCUUUCCUGUAUUCUGUUUGGUUCUUAGAGCAAAGCUGAAUAGAUGCUUUUGGUUUAAGUCAAAGAUAAUUUACACUGACUGCAUUUGAGUUAUUUGUAUGUAACUGCACAUAACUUACUUCUUUGUUUCUGUGUCGUGAAAGGUUUUUAUUUUGCAGCCAUCAUCAGUUCUUUCUCUGUGCAAUCUUUCUCUUUGAACUUAGGAGAACACUUGAGCUCAAGUUUACAUUGCCUUGCAAAAAAAAUUAAAUUCAAUUUAAUUCUCGGUGUCCAUAUUGGAAUAUAUGUUUCACUUCUGCAGAGAUUAACAAUAUUUACUUGAAUUAUAAUUUCAUAUUGGAUAUGUAAUUUACUAUUUUUGAAAAACAUACAUGCCAUGUGCACAUUAGCUUUGUUUCUGUUCAGUUGAAAACUACUGAAAAUCAGUAGCUUAUGGUCAUUUGGUGCUUCCUCAAGUGCAGCAAAUGCUUCAGUUUGUCUUGCACAGUUUGGGCAAAAAAAUACUGCUUUUUGACUAAUUUUAGAGGAUUGUAGACAAAUUCCUAUUGUUUGGGGGGUUGGAGGUUCAUGAUCCUUGAGGUUACUUCCAACCCUGGCCAUUCUGUGAUUCAGGGGGAGAAAGCGUUGCCAGAAGAACAGGCAUGGAGUACCCAACAGCAGCAGGUUGUGAAGCUAUUGGAUGUUCACUUUUUAUGGCUGGAUCUCCAGAGAUGUUACAGGUUCUGUAUAUUUCAAUCAACUGUUGUCACCAAAGUUAGAAUUUUUAAGUAUGGCCUUUGCAUCUUUCAGUGUAAAGGCUUUAAAAGGUGUAAUGCAACUGACGCUAUUUGCUUGCAUGAAACAUGUUUAUAGCAGUAAGCAAAUUCUCAGUAUUUGGUUUAUUGCAUAUUACAGCAUCUUACUGCAGAAGUUACAGAAGACUAAUUCUAAAUAUGAUUCUGAAUUCAAAUGUUAUUUGCAUAGGAUUUCUAAAGAUUAAAAACUUGUCUACAACCCUGUAAAUGUUAAUCUCUCACACUUUAAUCUUUAUUUACUUCAUAUAUGAAAUCUCUUUACUACAUAAAUCUGAGACAGAAUGGAGGAAUGUGGAACGUAGCUUAAGUAAUUAGGAAAAUUUCAGCCCCAAAGGAAACUUCUAGUAAAAACUGAAGCUGGUGGAAGGAUAGGAAGUCGUAACCAUGCCAAACCGUUACUGCAUGUGUGCAAAUUUUGCUUUGCACAAACAUGCCCGCAUUUAUAGGCAACUAUAGUGAAAACAACUGGGUGUCAUUUUCCCUGAUGUAGAUGAAGAAAGAAAAAAGAAAGCUCUUUUUUUGAUUGUUAAAAAGAAGGUAGGUUUCGGCAACAGUCCUUAUACUCUUUAGAGCAAAACCUUUUGUACAGCAUUGUAAAACUGCCACUGUACUCGAUUUAGGUGUUCUGUUAAUCUAAGUGUGCUCUUGGUUAGGUGAGCCAACCAUUGAAGGGAAGUUGGGUUCCAUCUCUACUGUCUGUGUGGGUAAGUUUGAUUGAGCUCAGGUUGAGCUCAUGAGGCUACUAAAGAACUCUGGAAAACAUUUCUGUCUUUUUGAGAAUUAUGUCUCUAAAAACUCUUAGGAGGCUUGUGCAUUUCUGUCAGGAGAAAGCUGACCCUUCCGAGUGUUAUUGCCAGUAGACACUCUUAACAGGUAAGAGAAAAUGUAUUCCUUGUUGAAAUUAAACCGGAACAGAAUUCUGCAUGAAAGCCAAUGUCUCUUCCUUAAGUGUGAGAUAGUACUGAGUGAUUUAAUUGCACAUGGAAAUUGGUGUUUGGCAUUGGUGUCUUCAAAGCUGUUAAGCUGUGACCUCUUACUCCUGUUUGUAUUCUGGCAGUAAGAAAUGUAUCUUCUGUCUUCUCACAUCAUACGUAGUUUGUAUUAAUGUAUUUGUUAUCCAGUGUUUGCGUGCUCCUUAGAAAUCCCUUGUUUGAGAGGGGUUACAAUCCACUUGCACUUCUGUGAGUGCUUCUUGAUUGUAUCUCUUACAUCGUUUUGUAUGUGACCAUUCAAUUCUGUGAAAUAAAGAGAUGGAGGAGAACAGUGAUAAAGUACUUUAAAAGUUGUUCUACUACUUCUCGCAGGAUAGUAGGCAAAAAUAUAUCCACCCUGAACUUCAGCCUCUGUGCAGUAACAGCUGUAUUCUCUUUUUCUGUAGGUGGUGCUAAGCCUGCUAGGAAUUUUUACUGAACAGAAUCUCCAGAGAAAAUACAAAGCAGCAAAUGCUUGGUCUGUCAAGAUGCCUCAUUGCAAUAAAAGAUCAAUAAGAAGCUACAGUAUGGAAACUUUACUUGUCCAAAAGGGUUUGGUCUGCAAGGUUCAAGAAGUACCUACAUUUAAUGCCAAUAUGGAAAUGAAGAAUUGCAAGUAUUGUAUAGAGGCGUCCGCGUGGCAUGGCGCGGGGCUGCCGCCGGCGGCGGAGGAGCGGGGCGGGCUGCUGAGGGCCGCCAGGCUGCGGGCGGCGGUGGAGCGGGAGCGGCGGCUGGAGGAGGCCGUGCGAACGGGAGAGGAGCGGAGGCGGCAGAGGGAGCGGCGGCGGCUGCAGGAGGAGCGGCUGGCGGCGGAGCUGGCGCGGCUGAAGCACGAGAAGCUGAGCGAUGAGAAGAUGAGGCAGCAAGUGCGGGAGAACAGUCUUGAACUUCGAGAACUCGAGAAGAAACUAAAAUCUGCAUAUCUGAACAAAGAGCGAGCGGCGCAGAUCGCUGAGAAAGAAGCCAUAGAGUUUGAGAAAAUGAAACGUGAGGCUGAAAUAGCCCAAAAGAUGAAGGAAGAGUAUGAAAGGGCAGCAAAAGAAGAAAGUUUGGCAGAACUGAGGCGAAAUGAGGAGAAAAUAACUUAUCAGCAAGAGCUGGAGAAGCAGCUUGAGGAACAGGAGCGGAAGAAGCAGGGAGUUUAUGACGAGUUUCUGAAAGAGAAACUCAUGAUUGAUGAAAUCAUAAGGAAGAUCUAUGAGGAAGAUCAAAAGGAAAAACAACUUAAGUUAGAGAAGAUGAGAGCAACUCAGACAUAUAUUGAAGCAUUUAAAAAAGAACAGGCUGUGUGGAAGCAGAGGAAACGGGAAGAGAUGGAAGAAGAAAACAGGAAAAUUGUGGAGUUUGCCAACAGUCAGCGGCAAAGAGAAGAAGAUUGGACGGCCAAAGUUAGAGACAUGGAGGAGAAAAAACAACAACUUCAGGCCAUGAUUGCCCAGAAUCUAGAAAGAGAGCAACAGAAGCGUGACGAAGUGGAACGAAUACGCCAGGAGCUGUAUCUGGAAGAACAACUUGAGACUGAUAGAAAGAAGGAGAUGGCAGAAAUUGAGACGAGAAUAAGGCAGCGCCUGGAUUUAAGGCAAAUGUACGAAGAGCAGUUAGCUUUGAAGAAGGUAGCGCAGCGAGCCGUGCAAGAGGAGGAAGAAGCCUUCAGACAGCAGAUGCAGGCCAAGUUUGCAGAGGAUGAUCGUAUUGAACAGAUGAAUGCUCAGAAACGAAGAAUGAAACAGCUUGAACACAGAAAGGCUGUGGAAAAACUUAUUGAAGACCGUCACAAACAAUUCAUUGCAGAUAAAGAGCGUGAACUUGAAGAAUGGCAGUUAGAGGAGAAAAGACAAGCAAACAUUCGUGCAGUUGUUGAAGAAGAGAGACAGAAACUCCUGAAAGAACAUGCAUCUAAAUUACUGGGUUAUCUUCCUAGAGGAAUACUCAAAGGCGAAGAUGAUAUUAACAUGCUUGGUGAGGAGUUUAGGUUGGCUUAUCAGAAGAGAAGAGAUAAUCCAUCUUCUGAAGAGAGCUGAAAUUUCCACUGCCUGCCCUCCUGCUUUGCCACUAGGUGUCAUCUGAUUGCUAAUGAAAAUGUCUACCUGCUGUUAACAGCAAGGAACUCGUUUUUAUUCUCAUAAAAAUCUCCAUUUUAAGACUGGAGCUCUGAACUGAAGAACGGCUCAUCUUAUUUAAAUGCACUUAAAUUUUUCAGGAAUAAACUGCUACAGAUUUCUCAAUAAUCUAUCAGCUAAAUACAACUGAGUUAGUGAUGAAGCACUGUUUGAAAAUGUUUUCUUCAGCCCACUGCAGAAACCUGAAGUAGUGCAAGUUCAGAUGGGUGUCACAUAACAGACAAUACGAUUAUCUUAAUGCACUGUUUCUGUUUGUAAGUUAACAAAAUAUCUACAUUUGCAUUGUACUGUUAAAUAACUAAUCUAAAGGUAGGUAAUACAAAUCACUAAUGGUAGAUCACAAUUACUUUUUCCACUGCUAGCUCACGUGAUUGUGCUAGUAAAAUCUGAGAUGUAAUUCUCAUUUUGAGAUCAGAGUCAUAGAAUCAUAGAAUUGCUCAAGUUGGAAAAGACCUUAAAGAUCAUCAAGUCCAGCCAUAACCUAAC